AUGGCAAAGGGAGCUUUGAGAUUUCAAGACACUUUCCUUUGGACUGCUUCUGAUUUCCUCUGGGAAAAAAUGUGUGGGCUUUUCUUUGUCCUGGUGUUGUGCACAGCAACCACUUCUGCUUUCAGACUCCAGCAAGUCAAAAGCACAGAAAACUGCUCAGAUCACACCGUGUAUUUCAAACACUACUAUGAACUGCAUGGAGAACCUGUGGUUAUGAAAUGCCCUUCCCUCAGAUACAAACACUUGGAUUUUUCUGCCUUGACAUCUAAUAUCACAUGGUAUAAAAAUGAUUCAGAAACCAUGAUAUCAGGAAGAGAGGAAAAUCCAAGAAUCUGGGCAAAAGGAGACACACUCUGGUUUUUACCAGCAGCUCUAGAAGACUCAGGAGUCUAUAUCUGCACAAGAAGAAACUCCUCCUACUGCGCAGAGGUCUCCAUCCACCUCACAGUCAUGGAGAAAACAGCUGCUCAGGAGAUUGCCUAUUCCCAGUUCCUCUUCACCUUCACAUCUGGAAAGAUUGUUUGCCCUGAUCUGUGGGAUUUUACACCAAAUAGGACAAGCUUGGAGCUCAAGUGGUACAAGGGUGGCCUGCCUUUGGAAGACAACAAUGAAAAAUUCAUAAUUCUGAAAGGUUCGACUUCUCUGAUCAUGACUUCUGUGUCACAAACAGACGCUGGCUAUUACACCUGCAAGAUGGCAUUUCCAUUUGAAGGUGUAACGUAUGAAAUCACCAGAACUAUUCUACUGGAGACUGCUGAACAAGAAAAGAUAACUACUCCAAUAAUUGUGUAUCCAACACAAAAGACAACAUCUGCUCCUCUCGGCUCCAAGAUGACUCUCCCAUGCAAAGUGUUUAUUGGACAGAGCAGCCAUGGCCAUACUGACGUGGAAUGGCUGGCAAAUGACACCGCUGUCAACGUGGUUUACAAGCAGAGCAGAGUGACACAGGGGGAACGACAAGAAAUUGUGGAAAAUGGUGAAAACUUCAUUGAAGUGCCACUGAUUUUUGAUUCUGUCGAAGAAGUGGAUUUUUACACAGACUUCAUGUGUGUGGCCCAGAACGUAUUUGGCUACCAAGUAUUGCCAACAAGGUUUAAGCAGGAAGCUGUUGGCUUGUCCUGGUACGUUGCAACGAUUCCCAUUGCGUUGGCCUGUGUGAUCAUAGGGGCAAUGUUCAUCCACAAGUGCUGGAAACGGAGAGCCAAUAAAGGAUACAUGACAGCAGGAGUCUGA